CACUUCGAUCUGCACGAGAAUUCCCCGCAGAUCCGGGCGCACGGCAAGAAGGUGAUCGACGCGCUCACCCAGGCCGUCCACAACCUGGACGAUAUCCCCGGCGCCCUCUCCAAGCUCAGCGACCUGCACGCCGAGAAGCUCCGGGUGGACCCCGUCAACUUCCCGCUGCUGGGCCACUGCAUCCUGGUGACCCUCGCCUGCCACAACCACGGGCCCCUCAACGCCAGCACCAUCCUCUCCAUGGAUAAGUUCAUGGCCGUCACCUCCAAGGCGCUCGUCGCCCGGUACCGCUAGGCGAGCCGCCCCGCGGGAGGAAAGCCGCCUCCGCCGCCCUCUCUGCCCCUCGACAUCCGCCCCCCCACACCUCCUCCUCCUCCUCCUCAGAAGACGAAGAAAAAUAAAGUUUUUGGCUUCCAGUGCA